CUCGAUCACCUGUAAUGAGAUGUCCUCCGAACGUGCAUCCUCAGCCUGCACUUCUACAUCCUGAUGCCCGAGGCAGCCGAUCUGCAGUAAGGCGAGCGUGUGGAGCUGGAGGGCGCGUUGGCGGUCGGCGGGCCUCAGGGACCUUGGGCUCCAGCGGGCCCCGGGUGGAGAGCGGAGCGCGCGGCUCGGCGCCCCCGGCGGCCCGGCCGCGGUGCAGGGACGCGCGGGGCCAGCGAGGGGAGCUGCAGGGUAACUUUUCCCAGGGAAAGAGGCCGGUCGUCCCCACCAGAAGCCUCCCUGCCUUUUGUUUGUUUUCCUGCCGGAGGCUGGAGAGCGGCCGGGUGCCCCGCCGCUCACCAUGCGCGGCGCGCCCCGCGCCCCUCGCCGGCGCCCCCGGGCGUCCCUACGCGGACCCCUCGGCCCGUCCUAGCGGGGGUCGCCCUGCUCCUGCUCCCGCUCCCGGGCCGGCUCCGCGUCCGCCCUCCGAGAAGCCGCGCUCCCCGCAGGGGCGGGCCCCCGCCUGUGCUCGCGGCGCCGGCAGAAGACUCAUCUUUGAAAAUAUGUAUUUGGGAGAUAGUCACGUUCUAUUGAGUACCUUGUGCUGGUGCUGCCAUAGAAAAAUCUGGUUACACUCCGGGGAGGUCUGCUGUGGCUGCAGGACUGAUCCGCCUCGGCCCUGA